AAACAAUCCCGUUUUUACAUAAGUUUAAUUUAAACAUUUUCAUUCAAUAAAACAAAUGCCUCGCAAUCAAAACGCAGAGCAGGAUAAUCCCUGCCUAAAGGAACAGGAGCUUUCAUUUAAAUGCCUCAACAAAAACAACUUUGAUCGCGACAAGUGCGAAAUAUAUUUUGCCAAUUAUAACAAUUGCAAGGAGUUCUGGAACAAAGUAAAAACCGAAAGGAGAGCCAAGGGAAUAGCUCCUUAUUUGCCGCCCUUAGAAGAACGCGAUGGGAUUAAAGCAGAAUAUAUGAAAGGAAAACCCCAACAAAGCUGAUAAAUGUAUCUUCCUAUUUAAUUAUUUUGUGUAUAUAAAUUAGCUAUACAUCAGGCACCAAAGCUUGCACAAGCAUGCAUUAGACCUCCUUGUUGUCUAAAAGGCUCCAUCAAAUCUGAAGAUCUAGAUAU